AUGGAGUCACAGAACAGUGGAAUCGCAACAGCUGACAUGAACCUCCUAAUACCGUGUAUGAUUAUUGGUGCAGAAUUUGCGCUGGCCGAGUUGUCUGCGUUUUCCAACUACAGCAGACCAAUCGAUGGUGAUAACAUAGAUAGUUUCAGUAACAAUUUCGGUGGCGAUUUCGACGGAGGUAGUGAAAGUACAGGGCACCAGCAUGCCCAAUUCCUAAGCAAUAACAGAGAAUAUCUUCCAGUCGAUGAAGUUCACAUAAAGCCUAUCUACAUCCAUGAUGCCCAGUCGUCAAAUUACACCACGCCACCACCAUAUUUGCCACCAAUUACUUCAGUUACACCAACUGCUUCAGUUACACCUACAACUAAAUUUACACCUUUAUUUGCAGUUCUAGAAAUAAGUACACCUGCACCUAUACUUCCACCUGAAAUUCUUCCGAUGACCAGAAAAUUUACUGGCGCCCAUCCCAAUGCAAAUAUAGAAAAAUUUGCACUAGCCGAGCUGUCUGCGUUUUCCAACUACAGCAGACCAACCGAUGGUGAUAACAUAGAUAGUUUCAAUAACAGUUUCAGUGACGAUUUCGACGGAGGUAGUGAAAGUACAGGGCACCAGCAUGCCCAAUUCCUAAGCAAUAUCAAAGAUUUUCUAUUCGAUGAAGAUGUUAACUUAAAGCUACCUAGGAACAUCCAUGAUGUCCGGUCGUCAAAUUACAGACCGCCUGCAUACUUGCCACCAUCUACACCAAAAUCUGAGGGCCUGAGUCCACCUAUACGUAUACCUCCCUUUGAUGUACCUACAUCUACAUAUGUAGGCGCCCAUCCCAACUGUAUGAUUAUCGGUCUGGCAGGGUGUGUGCUAGCCCAGCUUUCCGGUUAUAGUUACAGCAGACCAACAGGCGGUGGUGGUAUAAGCAGUGGUGGCGGUUUCGGAGGCGUCGGAGGCGGUUUCGGAGGCGGUUUCGGAGGCAGCGGCGAUUAUAUCCACGUAUCACCUGGAUUCCAAACCAAUGAGGGCGCCUCCGUGGACAGCGCACUACUCGAACACAUCCGACAAAUUCUUUUGAGAGAAGAACUACAAUCACAAUCUAUCGGCGGAUUCGGCGGUGGUGGUGGAGGUGGAGGUGGAGGUAGAUAUCCUAGCUCCAGCUAUGGUGCCCCGUCGCCGCAAUACGGUGCCCCGUCGCCGCAAUACGGUGCCCCGUCCCCACAAUCCGGCGUGCCCAGUUAUCAGAUCCGCGUCGUAGGCAUAGAGUUUGAGAGCAUCAAACAAGGGAAGCAGGUAGCUGAACUCAGACAGACCGCGCAAGCAGCUCCAGCAGGGUUAGGAGGUGGUGCGCCGACAGCCGGUCAACCCCAAGCAGCAAAUAACAAUCCUUUCAACGCGUUACGGCAAGGAAAAUAG